CACCACGCUGAUCCGAUGGCAGGAGCCAGGAGCCAGGUGCUUUUCCUGGUCUCCCAUGGGGUGCAGGGCCCAAGGACUUGGGCCAUCCUGCACUGCACUCCCUGGCCACAGCAGAGAGCUGGCCUGGAAGAGGAACAACCGGGACAGAAUCCGGCGCCCUGACCGGGACUAGAACCCGGUGUGCCAGCACCGCUAGGCGGAGGAUUAGCCUAGUGAGCCGCGGCGCCGGCCAAAAACUUUUAAAAAUUUUAUUUGAGAGGCAGAAAGAGUGAGACAAAUAAAGAUCUUCCAUCCAUUGGUUCACUCCCAAAAUACCUACAGUACUCAAGUCUGGGCCAGGCUGAAGCCAGGAAUCCAGAAUUCAGUCUCAGUCUCCAAUGGGGAUGGCAGGGAAGCCAAGUACUUGACCUGCUGCUUACCAGGGUGCGCAUUAGCAGGAAGCUGGAAUUGAAAGCAGAACUGGGACUUGAAACCAGGAAUGUUGAUAUGGGAUGUUGGUGUCCCAAGCAUAGGCUUAACUGCUGCACAAAAUACCUGCCUUCUUAAUUCUGUAAUCUCUUCCUUUGAUUUUUCUCAAGACCACGGAACUAGGUUAGUGUCUCAUACAUUACUAGAUGCUCAUUCAAGAAAGAUUUAUUUUAUUUUGGCAUCAGAGCUGGAAUUAGAGCCCAGCUUUCCUCCUGUUAAAUCUCCUUCUCCUUCUGUUAUACCACACGUUUUAUGUAUGUACUCAAAGUUGAGGUGUUAUUUAUUUAUUUAAAAUUUUUUUAUUAGAGAGCCAAAGAGGGAGGGAGAGUUGCUAUCUGCCAGUUCACUCCCCAGAUGCUCACAGUGGCAGGGCUAGACCAGGGCUAGUGGUUAGAACCCAAUCACUUGAGCCAUCGCUACUGGCUCCCAGGAUUGGCAUUAGCAACAGGAAACUAGAAACAGGAGCCAGAACUGGAUGUCAAACCCACACAGUGAUAAAGGAUGUGGCAUCAUAAAUGCUAGGCUAACGACAUGUCCCAACACUGACAUUUUAUUUGUUCUUUUUUUUUUUUUGAUAACCAAAUGAAAAUUCACAAGUUUAAAUCAGUUGUAUGAAUACUGAAAUCAUAAAUAUGCUGAGAGAAGAGUAAGUUUUUUAAAAACUUGUAGUGUUUUGUCUAAUAAAAUAUAAACAGUCCAUAUUUCACACUUAAAGAAUUUAUAUGAAGUUGCACAUAAAUUCCCGUGUAGCAAUUUUAGUUUGGAUACUUUAUAUUUUUAAACAAUUAUAGUCAAAUGCUAAAUAUGAAUUAGUGAUUUCCAAUUAUAAAAUUUUAAACCCAUCAUUUAUUUAUUUAAAUUAUUUAAGAGGCAGAGGGAUACCCAGAGACAGGGAGAGUCUCCAUAUGCUAAUUCACCUCGAAAAUGUCCAAAUCAGCCAUGGCUGGGUCAGGCUGAAUCCAGGAGUCAGGAACUCAAUUCCAGUCUCCUAUGUGGGUGGCAAGACCCCAGCUACUUGAGCAGUCAUAUGAUGCCUCCCAGAGUCUGGAAAACUGUAAUCAAGCUCAGAACCGAGACUCAAAUCCAGUUAUCUGAUAUGGGGUUUCUUAACUGCUAGGCCAAAUACCUGCCCCCAGCUAAAAAUUUUUUUACUUUAAGGAACUCAGAUCAGGGAAAGAGGGGUUGUAUAAGAAAGGAUAAACAGUCAUUGAUUUUGUUUUGUCAUUUGUUUUUAAUUUUUUUUUUGUGUAGUGGUAAAAUACACAGUUCUUAAAUGUAUAGCUUGAUGACUUUUUACAAAUUAUAUAUAUAUAUAUGUACAGGUCAAUGUACAGAAUAUUUCAAAGCCCCACUAAGAGUCUUAGUGUCCUCCUUCCCUUUUUUUUGUUCAAGGAGCCAUCACUAUUUUGACUUCUGUCACUAUAGAUUAGUUUUAUCUGCUUUUGAAAUCAUGGAACAGUGUCCUGUCUGGCUUCUUUUGCUCAUUGUUUAUAAAUUUCAUCAAUGUAGUUUUAUGUAAAUAAAGCGCAAUUUAUGUCUAUUAACCUAUUGAUGGAUAUUUGGGGACUUACUGUUUUUUUUUUUGUUUUUGUUUUUUUUUUACUAUUAUGACAAAGUCUACUAAAAGCAUUCUUUUAUUUGUUUCUGGAGAAUAUGUAUGCUAAUUUUCUUGGGAAAUAACAUUAUAUAAUUUUGUAAGACUCAAAGCAUUUUUAUUGAAAUCAAUACAAGAAAUGCCUCACAAGAAAUUUUGAAGUCUUUUUAAAGUGGAUACCUCUUUUAUUUCAUGCAGGGGAAAAUAACAGUUUCUUUACAACCAGUCUAAGGUGGUAUCAUAGGCCUGUUCUGUAGUGCAGGGUCAUGAAUAUUAUAUAUUCAGGCAUUCAGUAAGAAGCUAGAAAUAGUCUAUGAAAGACAAUCGUACUCUGCUUUCACCAACAAAUAAAAAAGAAGCCAUUUGAACAUAAUAUGCUGAGUGCAGUAAUGAGAGAGGUAAGAGUUACUAGCUGAGUACUUCCAAACUGCUCCACUUCCAAUCUAGCUCCCUGCUAAUGGCCUGGGGAAAGCAGUGGAAGAUGGCUCAAGUACCUAGGCCCCUGCUGCCCAUAUGGGAGACUGCUCUUGGCCCUGGCUUUGACCUGGCCCAGUGCUAGCUGUCUUGGCCAUCUGGGAAGUGAACCAGCAGAUGGAAGAUCAAUCUCUCUCUAUCUCUGACUUUCAAAUAAAUCUUAAAAAAAAUUUUUGUUUGAAAGGCAGUGAUGGAGAGAGAAAAGGGGGGAGGAAGAGGGGAUUGGGGGAGAGAAAGAGAUCCUCCAUCUGCUGGUUCACUCCCCAAAUGCCUGAAAUAGCCAGGGCUAGGCUAGGCUGAAGCCGGGUGGCAGGAACUCUGUCAAGGUCUCACAUGUUGUUGAUAGGAACACAAGUAUUGUACUACAGCCUCCCAGGUGCAGCCAGGUGCCUUAGCAGGAAACUGGAUUGGAAGCAGAGGAGUGGGGACUCUAUCUCAGCACUUUGAUAUGAGAUGUGAAUGUCCUAGGCAAGAGCUCAACCCACUGUGCCACAAGUGGCUCCAAAGUGCUACAGUUGAACAUUAGGCUUCUAUAACUAUAAAAAAAUCAAAAUGUAAAAGUCAUCUUUAUCCUCUAAUUGAGCUUCCAAAUGUACUAGAAUUUGGAAACUGGGAUUAGGUUUAUAAUUUUGCCUUUCAGUUUUUUCAAAUUGAGGAAUUUACAGUUAUUUUGUAUGUCAGGUUUUACUAUAUAUUUACAUAUUAAAAUUUAUUAAAGUUUAUUUUGUUGAUAAGAAGUUUAGAUGGCUUUUAUUUUAAAGCUUUCCAUGAACAGCUAAGUUAAAAUUUUCUUUCUGGAAUUAGUGUUUCCUAAAGUAAUUUAAUUUUUUAAAGGUAGUUUAGUAGAUGGUAACUAGUAUAAUAAUUUGAAGUGGCACUGCAUUUAUUCAUUCAUUUUGUGAAAGGGUCAAUCUAAAACAGGUUUGAAAACUUCAGCUGCUGAGAAUGGCUCUUAAAUUUUUAAUGAUUGUUAAAAAAAGAAUUUUCAGCAAAAAUUCACAUGGCCUAAAAAUGUAAAAUAUUUGUCUAUGCCUUUAUAGAAAAAAGGUCUAAAUGAAUAUAAUUUAAGUUCUUGGCACAUACUUUUUUUCCUUUUGAAAAGUUUCUGUAAGAUCUUUUUAUAGUUGACAUUGGAAAAUUAAAAUGUUCACUGUAUUCUACAGAGAAGAUGGUGAAUUAGAAGAUGGUGAAAUAGAUGAUGCAGGACUUGAAGAAACACAACAACAGGAAGCAAAAGAGGAUAAAAAGCAGAGAAAUGAGAAAAAUGAGAAAAAUGAGAAAUCCUACAGAAAAUCAAGGAAAAAACACAAGAAAGAAAGAGAGAAGAAAAAAUCCAAAAGGAGAAAACGUGAGAAACAUAAGCAUAAUUCUCCAUCAAGUGAUGAUAGUUCCGACUACAGCCUUGAUUCAGAUGUUGAACAUACAGAAAGUUCCCAUAAAAAGAGAACUAGUUUCUACAGGGAUUAUGACAUUCCAUUUCCUCAGCAUGGACACAUAUCAGGAAGCUACAUGACAUCAAAGAAGGGUCAACAUAAAAAAUUUAAGAGUAAGGAAUAUGAUGACUACAGUACCUACAGUGAUGACAACUUUGGUAACUACAGUGAUGACAACUUUGGUAACUACGGUCAGGAAACUGAGGAAGAUUUUGCCAGUCAGUUGAAACAAUACAGACAUGCUAAAGAAACCUCAAGUACUGCUUUAGGGUCAUCAUUUUCUAAAGAACCAGGCAAAAAAAGAAUGAAAGGAGUUCAACAAGGUACUGAACAACAGAGAGUUAAAAGUUAUAAUGUUGGUCGUGGACGUAGUUUGCCGAAGAAAAUCAAACGAAAAGACCGUGGAGGAAGAACUAAUAAAGGACAUGUUUUUUCAGGAACAGAUGACUAUCAAGAGUAUAGUAAACCAGGGAAAAAAUGGAAGGUUAUGACUCAGGAAUUUAUUAAUCAACACACAGUGGAACACAAAGGAAAACAAAUCUGUAAAUACUUCCUGGAAGGGAGAUGUAUUAAGGGAGAUCAAUGUAAAUUUGAUCAUGAUGCAGAGUUGGAGAAGAGAAAAGAGAUCUGCAAAUUUUAUUUACAAGGAUAUUGUACCAAAGGAGAGAACUGCAUUUAUAUGCAUAAUGAAUUUCCAUGUAAGUUCUAUCAUACAGGAGCAAAAUGUUACCAAGGAGAUAAAUGUAAAUUUUCCCAUGAUGAUCUGACUAAAGAAACAAAGAAACUUUUGGACAAAGUAUUGAAUACUGAGGAAGAACUUAUAAAUGAAGAUGAAAGAGAAUUAGAAGAACUUAGAAAACGUGGCAUAACUCCUCUUCCCAAGCCGCCUCCAGGAGUUGGACUUCUGCCAACCCCACCAGAGCAUUUUCCCUUUUCUGAUCCUGAAGAUGAUUUUCAGACGGAUAUUCCAGAUGACUUCAAGAAAAUCCCUUCUCUUUUUGAAAUAGUUGUAAAACCUACUGUGGAUUUAGCACAUAAAAUUGGGAAGAAGCCACCAGCAUUUUAUAACAGUGCCUCACCACCGGGACCACAAUUUCAGGGAAGCAGCCCACACCCUCAGCACAUCUAUAAUUCUGGGUCAAGUCCAGGUCCAGGACCUAAUGUGUCUCAGGGAUGCGGUAGUCCUGUGAUACACCCAGGCUCUCCUGGGCAUCACCCAUGUGCAGGUCCUCCUGGCCUAGCAAUGCGACACAGCCCGCCUUUGCCACCUGGUCCACCUGAAAUUGUAGGCCCUCACAAUCAAGCUGGAGUACUUGUCCAACCAGAUGCACCUUUGACAGCACCAAAUAUGAGUGGGGCUUAUCACUCCCCGGCAUUUCCAGGACAUGGGAUGAAGGUCCCCAGAGAGAAUCACUGUUCUCCAGGUUCAUCAUACCAGCAAGGUCCUGGUGAAAUGCCACUCAAUACCAAUUAUGAAUCCCUUCAAACCCCAGAUGAGUUUUAUGGUAAUUACUAUUCACAGCAUGCUGUACAUAAUUUUCAGACACCCAGUAACUGCAGUGAUGGGAUGUGGCAUGGGGAAUUUGGCCAGCAGCAGCCUCCCAUGGUUCAAGACUCACCUAACCUUGGGACUGGUGGGUCUGACUGCAGCAGCAACAUCACAGGCCAUGGCUCCUUGUCUGCUCCAGGGCUCCUCCCUGCAGUGCAGAGAGCCCUUUUUGUCAGACUUACUCAAAGAUAUCAAGAAGAUGAAGAACCAACCAGCACUCAUCCUCAUCGGGCACCAAGCAAGGAAGAAGAUGAUACGGUUAACUGGUAUUCCAGUAGUGAAGAGGAAGAAGGAAGCAGUGUCAAGUCAAUACUGAAAACGUUACAGAAACAAACAGAAACUUUAAGGAACCAGCAACAGCCUUCCACAGAACUUAGCACUCCUACUGACCCAAGACUUGCUAAGGAGAAAAGUAAAGGAAAUCAAGUGGUUGACCCUAGACUUAGGGCCAACUCAAGGCAAGAUGUUCGAAAACCGUCCGAGUCUGCCCCGCUGGAUCUUAGACUUGCAUGGGAUCCCAGGAAAUUAAGAGGGAAUGGAAGUGGUCAUGUAAGCUCUUCUGUUGGUGGAGCAAAGUUUGAUUUACAUCAUACAAACACUGGUACUAAUGUCAAACACAAAAGAGGGGAUGAUGAUGAUGAAGAUACAGAAAGAGAACUGAGAGAAAAAGCCUUCCUCAUACCUUUGGAACCUUUACCUGGUAUAAUGCUCCAGGAUCCAAGGUCACAGUUGAGACAGUUCAGUCACAUUAAAAUGGACAUUAUCCUAACUAAACCCAACUUUGCAAAACACAUUGUGUGGGCUCCUGAAGACUUACUUCCAGUACCUUUACCUAAACCUGAUCCAGUAUCUUCAAUCAAUUUACCUCUGCCCCCUCUAAUAGCUGACCAGAGGCUCAGUAGGUUAUGGAAUACAAAAAGUGAUCUUCAUCAAAAUAUAGCAUCUAAUGAUCCAAAAUUAGCAAUCAAAGCCAAAAGUAACACAACAAGCAGAGAAGGCUACCCAGAACAAUUUGGAGACUCACAUAGUUCAGGAAGUAAAUUAGGAGAUCCUAGGCUGCAAAAGAAUUUCGAUCCUAGGCUUCACAGACUGCCCAAUGCGGAGUCUCAUCAGGUGGCUGUGAAGGAAUCACGUCCAUCCAAGAGUGCCCCUCAUUCAGCCAGAUCAAACUCGGGUUCAUCACAGUCCUCAGGGGCAGUAACUAGCAAUGCUAGUUCUGGGGCUCUGCCUCCAUACGCUCCUAAACUCUCAUCUUCAGCAGGCCUUCCACUGGGAACUCCAAGUUCUGUCCUUAGUGCUAUUAGUUUGUAUGACCCUAGGGAGCAGGGUUCAUCUACAUCAGAGGUAGCAACAGCUGCUUUAGGAGAAAAUUCAGAGAAUGAGAAAAAAAGUGGUGGGUUAAAAAAUAAUGACAAAAACGAGCCUUCCCCUGGCGAAGCAGUCCUGCCACAAAAAAGCUCUCCAAAUGUGGAAGGCACUGUCGAUGGGCCAGCUGACACACAGGUGGAUAGUCUCAGAAGUUCCAGUAAGGUUCAGUUCCCAGCAGUGCACAGUCUUCCUAUUCAGGCCCUCACAGGUUUGAUUAGACCCCAGUACAGCGAUCCAAGGCAGUCAAGGCCACCUGGACAAGUGAGCCCAAUUCCAGAUAAUGAUCCCAAUAGAGAAACAGAUGAUAAAUCUCUAAAAGAGGUUUUUAAAACUUUUGAUCCAACUGCUUCACCAUUUUGUUAGCUGUUCUGUAAUCAAGCAAUUCUUUUCAUUCUUGUGACUAUUGCAGUCCUCUGCUGUUUUGUAACUGGUUUACCUCUAUAGUUUAUUUAUUUUUAAAUUAUAAACACUUUUCAGCUGCUAGUAUCAGAACCACAUGAAGUUAUAUCCUCUAAAGCCUGUGGUAUUUUAUAUAAUAUUUUUAUAACUUUAAGAGACUGUAGUAAUUGACAUAGAAACUUAUAUAUCAUGUUAGUUUUAGUAAAAGUACUUUUAUUGUAAAUAACCCAUCAUGAAUUCAGUGCUCUGCCUGAAUAUAUGCUAGUUGUCUUUCAUAAUCAAUGUUUAGAUAAAUGAUUACCACUUUUAUAUGAUUGUUUAGUUGCAAGCAAUUGAUGUACCUUACUUUUGAGAAACAGUAUUUUGACUAAAACCAUCUCCAUUUGUCAGCCCAGAACUGAUUAGUAUGUAAUGCCAACUGCUAACUAAAAUACAAAAUGAAGUAAAGAAAAUAUUUUACAAUCAAAAUUAGCAGAGCAGUUACUGUUUAAGGGCAUCACUUUAUUAGUAUUGGUAAUACUGUUUGUGUAAAUGAAGCAUUUGAAUGUCAUAUCUUUUAAAAGUAUUUUAUUGUAUACUGUAUCAUAGACGUUGGAAGGUAUAUAAAUAGAAGAAUGUUUUGCUAAAGGGAAAGAUUCCCAAGUUCUCUAACAUAACUUUUUAAAUUUAAUUUUUCAUAUCAAAUAGUCAUGAGUUAUUGCUGUUACAUUGUGAUGUUUAUGUAUCUCAAUGUUUUUGUCUUUAGCAGCAUAAUUUAUAUUACUUUUCCAAAUAAUGUAGCUGUAAUAAUUGUGCUCAUCAUGGUUUUGGCAAUUUUUAACAAAAUUUUAAAAGAUAUGGUGAGUCUGUAGUGAUUAUUACAUUGAUAAUGUUUUAAAUGUCUAGGUUCUAUAUUUUUUCUUAAACAGCAAGAAAACAUAUAGAUUGCAGGUAGUCAACUAUCUAUGUCUUAUCAAUAAAGAACCUCUUUCAGUUCUAA